AUGGCGGGCAUUAACUUUGAUGAUUUGGUGAAUCAAUACAAUUAUUAUAAAUACCGAUUGUUUAACUAUUUGGAAAAUCCCAAAGAAAGAAAUUUGUUUGAUGCUGCAUUUCAGACUUGGGAAGACUUAAAAGAUACAGUAGAAAAUGAUCCACCGGAAUUUGAAGAAGAACCGAGCGAAGGAGGACCGCCGGGUGAAGGAGAUGAAAGCGGAGAAGAAAUUCCGCCUUCUUCGCCGGAUGAAAUUAUCAAAGACAAAAAAAUUGAACGAUAUAAGAAAAAACUUGAACGGCUUAGAAAAAAACAUGAAAAAAGGGCAGAGAAAGCAGUUGAACGAUAUAAGAAAAAACUUGAACGAGAAAAGAAAAGGGCAGAGAAAGCAGUUGAACGAUAUAAGAAAAAACUUGAACGGCUUAGAAAACUUAAAUACAAAAGACCAGAAUUAAAAUAUUUAAAGAAAUUAAUCGGAAGCAAAAAAACUCCUUUUGAGAUAAAAGGAUUAGCACAAGUCAAAAUAAAAACAGUAAAAAGUGAAAUUCAGCAACGCCAAAUUGCUCUUUUAAAAAAAACUAAAAAAAGAUUAUUGUUUCGUGCUAGAAAAUCAUCAGAAUUUAAGUUACCUUAUCAAGAACGCAAAUCAAUAGGAAGAGGCGGUUAUAAAUAUAAAAAUGUAGAGGUUAAACACUUAAAAAGAGAAGCCAAAGCACUUUAUCGCACUUUAAGCAAAAUAAAAAAUAAAAUAUCAUCGCCAUCAAUUCGGCACUAUCAGCCACCAAAAACCACUAAACCAGUCAAAUCAUAUAUGUAUACCCUAGAAGGAGAAAGAGAGGGGGGCAAAUAUAUUCCUCCAUCUAAACGAACAAAAUAUUUAAAAAAUUAUGAAGAGGGACAAAACUAUAUUAUUACCCGAAUUCCACCUAAGGAGUAUCAAAGAAAGAAAGAAGCCUAUGAAGAAAGAUUUUAUGAUAUGUAUGAAGAUAGCAUUUUACGCGGUAAAAAGGGAGCAUUAAAGGGCGGCGGAAGACCAAAAACAUAUAAAACCCCGGCCGAAAAACAACGAGCUUACCGACGAAGGAAAAAACAAAAAUAA